GUAAAUUAUUUUAAAUUUUAUAAAAAUUUAUAAAAUGAUUUAAAAUUUGAUAAAAUGAUUUGAAAUUUGAUAAAAUUGUCAAAUUGUAAUAAAUGAUUUAAAGUUGGAAUAAAAAAUGGACGAAGAAAUUUUAUCGCAAUUGGUUCAGAAUCAAUCACUCGAUGAUGAAGUUCUCUUCCUCAAUCCUGAUAUCCAAGUCGAUGAUCACAACUACUCCUCUGAACACACUACUCACAACACUAUUGGUACAGUUGAGAAUACUGUGAUAGAACAGGACAAUGAGGAGAUAGAAGAGAAUACUGAGAUAAUUGAUAUGGAAGAGAUAGAUAGUGGAAUGAUAAGUUGGAGUAGGAAGUUGGAGGAUGAGCCGUGUUGUAUAUCAGUGCAUCCUGAAUUCCCUAAGAUUCCUCAUGUUGCCAUUGGUACCUGCGGUGACACCUGUCAAAUCUACGACUUUCAACACAGUCACUCAAACACAAAUGAGGCGUUAAGAUGGGUUUUGGGCCCGUUUGAGGAAACUGUUUCAUGCUGCGCUUUUUCUCCCGACGGCCAAUUCUUAGCCCUAGGAACUCUCAACUCCUCUCUCAUACUCUACUCUAUUACUCACACAGUUAACAGAGUUGGCACUACGGAUAAUGUUGACACUACUAACACAGUAACUACGGAUAGUAUUGACACUACUCACAAAGUUGACACAGUUGACUACGUAAUGUGUAGAGAGUUGGACACGACGUUGUUGACAGUGGACUGGUUAUGUUUUAGUGUGGACAGUAGAGUUGUUUGUUGUAGCGGCGAAGGCGGACUACUUCUCAUACACCACAUACACGCCAACUCCACACAGUACAUUAACACACACCUCAAAUCUCACUAUGGUAUUAUCACCUCCUAUCCCACUCUUAACUCUGGUAAUACUGUAAACUCUGGUACUGUUAACUCUGUAGACACACUGGACACUGUAGACAAUGUUACUGUAAACUCUGCUACUGUAGACACAUAUGUACUGAUGGGAGCGGGUGACAAGUUGAUGAUAGUAAGUUUAAAUGAGAAUUACCAACAGAAAAAUAUUACUGCGGUAAACUCCGGCACUGACACACGAGAUACUGCGGAACUAAGUGAUGAAAUUACAAUAGUAAGUGCAAGUGACAGGGUGAGAAUGUGUUGUUACGGCACGAUGAGUGGUGUGGUGUCAUUUGUUAACAUUCCCAAGGCCACGGCAAUCAGCACAUUCACUCACCACAGAGACUCCGUAGAGUCGAUUUUAUUCCCUGAAAACUCUGUAGAUUUGUGUGUCACGGCGGAUUUAACGGGGCUGGUGGUGUUUUACAAUGUGAACACAAUGUGCGUGGUGGGUAAAGUUGAUGUUUCCAGUGGUGUUACAAGGGUUCUCAGUAGUUCACUCAGUAACAAGUUUAUAGUAUCCACGGUCAACGGUACUGUGGCACUGUUGACAAUGAAUAAAAUAGUUAGAGAGGUCAAAUUGCACAAGGCGCCAAUUACCGAUUUUCAACUUUUGAAAUUGCCCAACGAGGAGUACGUCAUCACCAUCGGACAAGACCACACCCUCACAGUGUGUAACAUAUUUGAAUAGUUUACGGAACAAAUUUAAUAUACAAUUUUAAUAUACAAAUUUAAUAUAUUAAUAUAUUAA